GAAGUGGGCCUGCCUUUUGCUCGGUGCGCCAGUCGGCUCCGAGUGACGUAUAAAGGGUGUUCGCCGUCCGGCCCUCCAUGCUAUGGAGUAUCCAUGGCGCGUCAGAACUGCCGGGACAUCUGUCAAGUGUAUUUGGGGAAGAACUCCCCCGGUGAUUCUGACACUCUUGCCCUACGCCUCAGCUAUUGAGAACUACUGUCCCAGCUCAGUGUCACAGACCUUUGUGGAAGCAGCAACAGCUCCCAUCCUUCCAACCUUUCUGGAGAAGCCGUGGCCUGAUGGUGAGCCAAAUGGGCUGGGGGGGGAGAAGAGGGCGGCUGGGGCGGUGGGGAGACCUGGGGCCUGGAUCAGUGCCCCUGCUCCCCAUGCCACUGCCACCUCCUCCUCCUCCUUCAUGCCGGGGACCUGGGGGAGGGAGAAUCUCCAUCUUCUCUCUGUCCCCUGCCCCUCAUACAAGAACCUCCCCCUCCUCAUUUUCCCCUCCCACCCCAAGGCCCCCUUGCUCAGUGCUACAAGGGACAGGGGCUCAGCCUUGCCACAGUGCUCUCCCCACCCCAGCCACCCCCCCAACACAGGCUCAACCUGCAAUGACACCUGCCUCUGCAUCUCCCUCCUGGGGAUCCCACUCAACCCCAGCCCUGGCCUCGGCAACUCCCCCUCCCUCACACCAGUGCCCCCAGGAUUCUCCUGGGCUGCGGGUAGGCCCUUUGAUCCCUGAACAGGAUUAUGAGCGGCUGGAGGACUGUGACCCUGAGGGGUCCCAAGACUCACCCAUCCAUGGGGAGGAGCAGCAACCCCUGCUUCAUGUCCCUGAGGGGCUCUGCGGCUCCUGGCAUCACAUCCAGAACCUGGACAGCUUCUUCACCAAGAUCUACAACUACCACCAGCGGAAUGGCUUUGCUUGCAUCCUGCUGGAGGAUGUCUUCCAGUUGGGACAAUUCAUUUUCAUUGUCACCUUCACAACCUUCCUCCUUCAAUGUGUGGAUUACAACGUUCUCUUUGCCAACCCACCAAGUAACCAUACGGGACCUGGGCCGUUCCACAGCAAAGUGACCUUGUCAGAUGCCAUCCUACCCUCAGCCCAGUGUGCUGAGAGGAUCCGCUCCAGCCCACUGCUCGUCCUCCUCCUGGUCCUGGCUGCGGGCUUCUGGCUGGUCCAACUGCUUCGCUCAGUCUGCAACCUCUUCAGCUACUGGGACAUCCAGGUGUUUUACAGGGAGGCCCUGCACAUCCCCCCGGAGGAGCUGAGCUCGGUUCCCUGGGCAGAGGUGCAGUCCCGCCUCUUGGCGCUGCAGCAGAGCGGGGGCCUGUGCGUGCAGCCGCGGCCCCUGACGGAGCUGGACGUCCACCACCGCAUCCUGCGCUACACCAACUACCAGGUGGCGCUGGCCAACAAGGGCCUGCUGCCGGCCCGCUGCCCGCUACCCUGGGGAGGCAGUGCCGCUUUCCUCAGCCGCGGCCUGGCGCUCAAUGUCGACCUGCUGCUCUUCCGCGGUCCCUUCUCGCUCUUCCGCGGGGGCUGGGAGCUGCCGCACGCCUACAAGCGCAGCGACCAGCGGGGCGCCCUGGCAGCGCGCUGGGGGCGCACAGUGCUGCUGCUGGCCGCCCUGAACCUGGCGCUGAGCCCACUGGUGCUGGCCUGGCAGGUGUUGCACGCCUUCUAUAGCCACGUGGAGCUGCUACGGCGCGAGCCCGGCGCGCUUGGGGCGCGCGGCUGGUCCCGCCUGGCGCGCUUGCAGCUGCGCCACUUCAACGAGCUGCCGCACGAGCUGCGCGCGCGCCUGGCGCGCGCCUACCGCCCCGCCGCCGCCUUCCUGCGCACCGCUGCGCCCCCCGCGCCCCUGCGCGCGCUGCUGGCCCGCCAGAUCGUUUUCUUCGCGGGCGCACUCUUCGCCGCGCUGCUUGUGCUCACGGUCUACGAUGAGGACGUGCUGGCCGUGGAGCACGUGCUCACCGCCAUGACCGCGCUCGGGGUCACCGCCACCGUGGCCAGGUCUUUCAUUCCCGAAGAGCAGUGCCAGGGUCGUGCGCCGCAGCUUCUGCUGCAGACCGCCCUGGCCCACAUGCAUUACCUCCCGGAGGAGCCUGGCCCCGGUGGCAGGGACCGCGCAUACCGGCAGAUGGCGCAGCUGCUGCAGUACCGAGCGGUCUCCCUCCUGGAGGAGCUCCUGUCCCCGCUCCUCACCCCGUUGUUUCUGCUUUUCUGGUUCCGCCCUCGUGCCCUGGAGAUUAUCGACUUUUUUCAUCACUUCACUGUGGAUGUGGCUGGGGUUGGGGACAUCUGUUCCUUUGCCCUUAUGGAUGUGAAGCGCCACGGCCACCCUCAGUGGCUCUCGGCGGGACAGACUGAGGCCUCGCUGUCUCAGCGUGCGGAGGAUGGCAAGACUGAGCUUUCUUUGAUGCGGUUCUCCCUGGCGCAUCCGCUCUGGCGCCCCCCAGGGCACAGCUCUAAGUUUCUUGGGCACCUCUGGGGCCGAGUACAACAAGAUGCAGCUGCCUGGGGCGCCACCUCGGCUCGCAGCCCCCCCACCCCGGGGGUGCUCAGCAAUUGUACCUCGCCCCUGCCUGAGGCCUUCCUGGCCAACCUCUUUGUGCACCCUCUCCUGCCUCCGAGGGAUCUGAGCCCCACAGCCCCCUGUCCAGCUGCAGCCACAGCCAGCCUCCUUGCCUCCAUUUCCCGAAUUGCCCAGGACCCCAGCUCUGUGUCCCCAGGAGGCACUGGGGGCCAGAAGCUGGCCCAGCUUCCAGAACUUGCUUCUGCCGAGAUGAGUCUCCAUGCCAUCUACCUGCACCAGCUUCACCAGCAGCAGCAGCAGCAGGAGCCGUGGGGUGAGGCUGCAGCCUCCGUCCUGUCCAGGCCCUACUCCAGCCCCUCACAACCACCCUCGCCUGAUGAGGAGAAGCCAUCCUGGUCAAGUGAUGGCUCCAGUCCUGCCUCCAGCCCCAGACAACAGUGGGGAACUCAGAGGGCCCGGAAUCUGUUCCCUGGAGGGUUUCAGGUGACAACAGACACCCAGAAGGAGCCUGACGAGGCCUCUUGCACUGACUGAGACGACUCCUCAGGGUACCCUGGCUUCUGCAGCCACAGGAGAUUGGAGGGUGGAGUGGAAGAACACAAGGAGCCAUUGCUAGAGGCCCCAUAGAUGACAGGCCCAGGUGCUUUAGUUGGCCAGGACCUGGGAGUCAGUGAGGAACUCGCCCUGAGAACAGAGAAAAGGUAGGAGAGGAGAUGCUGAUGGCAUCUGGAAACAAGUCUUAGAGAUGGUCCCCACCCGGAAGGGAUAAGGGGAGACACCCCCAACUGCAGUGUGUCCUGGAGCAGUUGCCUGGGAAGAAGUCCUUGCGUUUGCUCAAGGUGGGGGACAGAGGUCAAGGAUGAGGCCAAGCUAAAUGGAAGGGUGACAGUGAGGCAAGUGGGCUUUAAGGCUGUGGAUUCGUCACACUGGCGGCUGCCGGCGCACUUUCAGUUCCCUGGGGCUUGCAGGGGAUGGGGACUUGUGAGUGGAAAGACGAGAGGGCUGAUGUUUUUGGACUUCAGCAUGGGUGUGAUGUCUGAGGAAGUGGGUGUGGCUCCCCAUCCUGUAUGAAAUAAGCAGUAAAGCUUGCUUACGGCUGUUGCA